AUGUCAAUAUACGGCUCCUUUAGCAUUCCCACCAUCCUUUGUCGACCAUCAACAACAUGCUUGCAAUGGUCAGCGGACGGCCAAAUUUUCUUCCUCUCAAAAACAGCUAUCUAUGUUCUUACGCCGGAGGCGGGAGUUCAUUCUGUCAAGCUUCCUCCCGGCGAUGGCCAAUACUCUCAUGUCAGAUGGUUUUCGACAAUGAUUGAUUCCAAUCUUCGGCAUGCCUUUAGCUGGUGUUUGGCAUCCCAAGCAUGGGGCGCGCAAUCCCUAGGAUCACUCGAUGUUGGUCUCCGGUCUAUCACUCUUUCUCCGAGCGGCUUGUCCGCCAAUGCGUCGCAAGUUCUCCUAUGUGUUGCAGCCAUUUUGAGCUCAAAUAUGGACAUUUCGCUCUGGCAUGGCAUGCAGAACACAAUCACAGGAGAGUGGGUCAAAAUAUGCGAUAUUCCCUCAUUGAUUACGGAGGCAUUGGCUCCAGCGUCCCGCUCGAUGGAUGAAAAGGUUCUGCGGUCUCAAACGACAUGUUUAUUAUGGUCUGCUCAGGCUGACUUCGAUGUCUGGCCUGCUCCGGCUCUUGAUUCCUCCUUCUUGGCGACAGGUACACGCGCUGGUACCAUAAAUCUUUUCAGAUUCACCGGAAGAUCGUUGGAGCACAUCUCCACAGUGCAGGUUGCAGAUGAGUGGAUUACUCAUCUCGCCUUUUCACCGUGGAACACACCAGAAAAGGGCGAAAGCCGAGUCACUUUGAUCUACGGCACAACCAGUGGUACCGUUGGAUGUGUAAGAAUAACACAAACUCUUAGGCCGAUCUCGCCGUCUCUUAGCUUAUGCCUUACUUAUACCAUCGAGACAAGCGUUCACAAAAUCGAACGACUCUUUGAAUCUGUUAAAGUCGGUAUCACGGCCUUGGCUUGUGUACAACCGCGAAGACACUCCGUCAUCGUGAGAGCCACACCAGGCGUCAUCUCCUUGUGGAGCGACGCAAAGGAUAGCAAACUUGGCUGGUCCGGUUAUCGUCGUAUUCGCCUUUCCACUCAAAGGUUGACAACGGGAUCAUCAUCGUUGCACGCUGUCUCUGGUCUUUACUAUAUCGCUCAAGCAGACGCUCUCCUGAUCUCAUUGGCUGACGGAACGAUCCAUGUCAUUGAUUCUCUCGAGACAGACCCCAAGCUAGCCAAAAGUGGCUGUGAGCUAUCAAGUGACCAGAUCUCGCAACUAGCACGCUCCGCGUUCAGGCAGACUGAUCGAACAGCCACCUCGAGGGCUGACGUGAACCGUGUGAGCGGCUUUGUUCCUUUUGACGGCAACAGCGCCAUUGGGCUAUGGAUUCAGGAGUCCUCUCAACCAACUGAUUUUGACUACGUCUACGAUUCGGUGCAUCAAAACAUGCUUGUAGGAAAGCACUUCUCAUCUGCUCAACUCCGCAAAAAAAGCCCGCAAGACGAGUUUUUGCGUGAAAUUGUUUCACUCGUGAAUACGAAUAAAGCGUCUUCCGGUUCAACUCCGCUUCACUUACUCCGUUCCGUUUUCUUGCGCUCUGAAGAUCUCCUCGAGCUCCAAGACCGUCUUAUCAAGACGCUACUCCAAGAGGCUGAAAUAUGUCCGCCACCCCCAAAACUACGCCCCUGGCCUAUCAAUGCACCAAACCCCGAUAUAUCACGCGAAUUUCAAAGAAGCUUGAGGACUUAUCUUUUCGGUUGUGACAUCCUUCAUUCGUUGCGCUUGAAGCUCUCGGUUUUGGAUUAUUGCUGUCGUCAGGCAGAUAACGCGUCCCAACGGGCUGCGUUCAAUGAAGCGGCGAAUUAUAUCCUCCAAAUCAUUUCAGCCAUCACGAUGCGUAUUCUGUGUCGCCAUAUUAAAGCGGUUUCAGCAUGCCUACAAAGCGACGAUGGGCCGUUUGUCAUCCGAAUCGCAAUGCAGGCAGCUUCGCCUAGCGCCCCACCCGUACUCCGAGCAGAGGCAGCCCGACUACUGUCUACUUUGCCUGCUGCACUUUCUGGUCCAUCGACACAACGAACCGCCAUGGAAGAAACGUGUCAGGCCUGUGGACUGACCUUAAAUAUGGCUGGAGGUGGUGGGUGUGAUUUAGUUUGUCCGAAUGGGCAUUCUUGGGUUCGAUGCGCAGCUACAACCUUCAUCCUAUCGACGCCACACGUGCGGACUUGCACCGGCUGCUCAAGAAAAACCCUGAUGGCCCCAUCCGAGGAGAGCGAAAUUAACGUCUUGCCUGUACCCCGGCCUUCACAAAGUUGGGUCGUUGAAGCCUUCUUGAAAUCUGUCAUUCGCUGCCUGUUUUGUGGGAAUAAUUUCUGCGUUCUUUAUUGA